CGGAUGACGACGUGAGUGAGGCCGGGCUCGCUCGGACCGUCGAGCUCGAGCCACAUCCGAUCCGAUGCGCCGCGAGUCCUGACCCAACCGGAGACGCAAGAGACAUCCGCCUCCGACGCCGGCCGACGAGUCGACGACCAUGGCCCUGGCGGCUAUCUUCGUCUUCCUCAUCGUCUCCGCGCUGCAGCUGGUCAACCGCUACCUCGACCUCGCCAAAAAGAGGGGAUCACAAAGUGAUGAGCAGAUCAAACUGCGGCUUGAAAUCAAGCAACUUCUGAACGAGGCAAAUCAGCUGUCAACGCCGUCCACAUUUGCACAAGCUGAAAAACUCAAGCGUCUGGCUGUUGCCAAGGAGAAGGAACUGACAAAAAUACAAGAACAAGACACUAAAGGGAACCAAUCCUUGUAUGACAAGUACGGAAAAAUUCUGUUGGUUACUAAGGUACUAAUUUAUGCCUUGCUCGUUGUGUGGUUUUGGAGCACUCCUGUAACUACAGUUCCACGACAUCUUCUACACCCCUUUGGAAAGAUGUUCUCCUUGACGGGUGUUGAUUCUGCUACAGGCCAUGUUGUGGUUGGAAUACUCCCAUGGCUGUUUUUGACCUCCCGGGUCAGCAAGUUGCUGUGCCAAAAAUUCAGCUUCGUGCUUCUGCGUCCGUAGCCUACUCUCAACAAGUCAGCAAGUUGCCGUACCAAAAACUUGAGCCUUGUACAUCUGCUGCGGCCAUAGCUUUUUUUUCUCUCCUUUUUUGUGUCCCCACGAGACGACCUUCCAGUUUCCUCCAAAGUAGGGGCUUGUUUUUUUUAUCACAGCUUGUGCGGUUUGUUGAACACCCGUGCUGACGUGCUCACAUAAAUUUUGUGCUCGACGUGUAACUGUCAAUGUCGUUGCUAGGCCUGUCGGCUUGUUCA